UCUUGGUUUGUUAUUAGUUGUUGUUGUUUGCUGUAUUGUCUCUUAUUUGGUUUUAUGUUCCUUGCAGAGAUUGUUUUCCAAGGGCCUUUGCCGAAGGACUGGCAAGGUUUCUCGGUCAAGUUUGCCGAGUCCCUUAAAGCUUGCUAUGCAGAUAGGUCGUACUACGGCCCUCCGGAUUUCUUGUGUCAGUACUAUGGUGCCUCCUUUUGGUUUGCUGAGUGCUCAAAGUCCAGGUCAUCCUGGACACAACGUAAGAUGGUUUAUAAUCGCUGUUGCAAAGGCGCUAAGGUAUAUAUCCCUCCCUUUAAGGAUCCCCCGGCCUAUCUCCGGGAGCUUCUUCGAUUCGAUGAUACUUCUCGUGCUAAAAAAUUCAUCCGGACUAUACAUGAGUACAACUAUAUGUUUGCUUUCACUUUGAUGGGUGCUACCAUUGAACGCUCGUUUGGUGGCAGCCGUGGACCUAAGAUUUUCAAGAUCAAUGGUCAAGUGUCUCAUCGUAUUGGUUCGUUGGUGCCUAGCGGUGAUGAUACCCCUAAAUUUGCUGAGUUGUAUAUACAUGACCCAGCUAAUGAGAUUAGACAUAGGAUGAAUGCCUUAAAUCCAGAUGAUAAGCCUACUGGGGGUGUGGAUGAGAGUAUUGUGGUUGGUCUUAGAGACAUGCUUAAUGAGUUCAACCCAUUGGUACAGACCUUUAGGGAGGCGAGUAAGAUGAUAGAGGAUCGUGGUGAUGAACCCAUUGAGGAUAUCUCGAUUCGUAUUAUUGGGCCUUCAGAGGGCGAUAGUCCACAAUUUAGUUUGCCUACAACCACUGGGCUUGCUGCUUUAGUUAUCGGUGGUGGCUUCACGUUAGAGGCAUCUUCUCGGGAUAUUGUUGUUUGCAGUCGUUCCGAUGGUUUGCAGCAGAUAUCUUCUCUGAACACCGCAUUCAUGCCUCUGCAGUACCCGUUGCUUUUCCCUUAUGGAGAGAGGGGGUUCCAGGUGGAUGUUCCUAACUUGAUUGUUCCUGAAGAAGAUGAUGACGAUGGACCUGGAGAUCCCAAUCCUGCACCUGGAAGUCCGACCGUUGAGGCGUCCUCUUCAUACCCUUCUGGAGGUGGUGAUGCUUCCACAAAUAGCAGGAAUAGGAUGACCAUGCAGGAUUACUAUCGUUUUAUGUGCCAUUACAAGGGUGAUCAGCCCAAUCCAUAUAUAUGUUAUGGUCUCCUCUCCUCUCAGUUGGUUGUCGAUGCACGUGCGUGCAUCGAUGAAUGUAGACUGUGGUAUAUCAUAAGAAAUUAGGAUAUGCUUAGAUCAGAGCACAUGCAGGGUAUUACUGAUGCGGUAGGUGAUGGGUGUGUUGAUGGUGAUGCUCUUGGGAAGAGGACCAUUGUACCUUCCAGUCACAUCGGCGGUCGUUGUUACUUCCAUGAAAAUUUUCAUGAUGGCCUUGCCGUUUCUCGGGUGCACGGUGCACCCGACAUAUUUACCACUUUCACUUGCAAUCCCAAGUGGCUUGAGAUCUCCAGUGCAUUGGAGCCGGGUCAGACGCCUUCUGAUAGGGUGGAUAUUGUUGUUAGGGUCUAUCACAUGAAGCUCAUCGAGUACUUGGACGAGAUUAAGUCAGGCCGGGCUUUUGGCCCCAUUACGGCUGGUAUUGUGUACUGUUGUGCUCUGUGUGGUCAUUGUUUUUUAAUGGUGUCUUACUUCUUCUGCUGGCUAGGCUCUCUAAUCGAGCUUUUUAUGUUCUUUUUUAGUGCUGUAUACCGUUGAGUUCCAGAAGCGAGGACUGCCUCACGCGCAUAUACUUGUCUGGCGGAGAGGGGGUAAUGGUGAGAUUGGUAUUGAAAAUAUUAAUUCAUUAAUAUCUGCUGAAAUACCUGAUGCAUUGCUUGAUCCUUUAGGAUAUGCUUUAGUUUAUGAGUUUAUGAUGCACGGUCCAUGUGGUGAAAUGAAUGAUAAAUGCGUUUGCAUGAAAAAAGGUGUUUGUUCUAAAUAUUUCCCAAAAGAUUUUAGAGAUACCACUGUCAUUGAUGAUAAUGGGUUUGCCUUAUAUCGACGUCGUGACGACGGUCGAAGGGUCUAUAAAAAUGGUCAUUACCUUGACAAUAGGCAUUGACAAUAGGCAUGGUGUUCCUUAUAAUAUGGCGAUGCUCAAGAAAUUUCAGGGUCAUAUAAAUGUAGAGUGGUGUAAUAAGACACAAGUGAUGAAUUACCUCUUUAAGUAUGUCACCAAAGGUGCUGAUUACUCUAAGGUCAUGUUAGAAAGGCUAAAAAAAUUGACUAAAUAUGGUUGUCGUACAGUAGAUGAGGUUCAGGAGUAUCUGAUAUGUCGGUAUAUAUGUGAGUACGAUGCAUUGUGGCGCAUAUUUGGCUUUGAGAUACACUUUAAAAUGCCGUCGG